GGAUAAUACGGAGUUAUAGUUCGUAUUUUAAGCAUGAUCUUAUCCAGCACAGAUAUCUCCUUAAUCUAAUCCAAAAUUUAACGUUUUUUGUUGGCAUUAAAAUCUUCAACCAGCCACUCACUCAUAAGGAUUUUCUCAAAAUCUUGACGAUUGAUGACAAUGGAGGCCCCAACACUCCCCCGUGAUGCUCUGUUUCUGGGCUUUGAUAGUUCAACUCAGUCAAUGAAAGUGAGUGUGCUAGAUGCCAAUCUAAACAUUGUAGCAACAGAGAUGGUUAAUUUUGACUCUGAAUUGCCACAUUACAAAACCAAAGAUGGGGUUUAUCGGGACCACACGAUCAGUGGGAGAAUAGUUUCACCCACAUUAAUGUGGGUGGAAGCUUUGGAACUUGUCCUCUGCAGACUUGAGGAGUCCAAGUUUGAUUUUGGGAAGGUCGCUGCUGUUUCGGGCAGUGGGCAGCAACACGGUAGUGUGUAUUGGAAGAAAGGGAGCGGUGGAGUAUUGUCAUCAUUGGAUCCCAAGAAGCCACUGGUUGAGCAGCUGAGUGAAGCUUUUUCUACCAAAGAGUCUCCCAUAUGGAUGGAUAGUAGCACGACAAAGCAGUGCAAGGAAAUCGAGAAAGCGGUUGGAGGUCCUAUGGAGUUGUCUAGAAUAACCGGUUCUCGUGCGUACGAGAGGUUCACUGGCCCACAAAUAAGGAGGGUAUUUCAGGAACACCCUGAUGUCUAUAAGAACACCGAAAGAAUCUCACUUGUUAGCUCUUUCAUGGCGUCCCUGUUUAUUGGGGGUUAUGCUUCCAUAGAUCACACUGAUGGGGCUGGGAUGAAUUUGAUGGAUAUUAAGCAGAGGGCUUGGUCAAAGCCAGUUCUUGAGGCUACGGCACCGGAUUUGGAAGAAAAGUUGGGGAAGUUAGCCCCUGCAUAUGCUGUUGCAGGUUACAUUGCUCCUUAUUUUGUGGAGAGGUAUCACUUUAGCAAGGACUGUUUGGUUAUUAAUUGGUCUGGAGAUAAUCCAAACAGCCUCGCAGGUUUGACUCUUAACACUCCUGGUGAUCUGGCAAUUAGCCUCGGCACGAGUGACACGGUAUUUGGAAUCACCAGUGAUCACAAGCCCAGCUUAGAAGGGCAUGUCUUUCCUAAUCCCGUGGAUACACAAGGUUACAUGGUAAUGUUGUGCUACAAGAAUGGUUCACUCACUCGCGAAGAUAUACGUAAUAGGUGUGCACAAAAAUCUUGGGACGUCUUCAAUAAACAUCUAGAGCAAACACCUCCUCUGAACGGUGGCAAGUUAGGCUUUUAUUAUAAAGAGCAUGAGAUACUUCCUCCUCUUCCAGUUGGAUAUCACCGCUACGUUUUGGAUAAUUUCACGGGAGAUACACUUGAUGGUGUGGAAGAACGUGAAGUGCAAGAGUUUGAUCCUGCUUCUGAGGUUCGCGCCGUAAUUGAGGGGCAAUUGCUUUCUAUAAGAGCUCAUGCUGAGAGAUUCGGCCUCCCUUCUCCUCCCAAGCGAAUGAUCGCCACUGGUGGAGCUUCUGCCAAUGCUGCCAUUUUAAGCAUGGUGGCAUCCAUUUUUGGGUGUGACGUUUAUACGGUGCAAAGGCCAGACUCGGCCUCACUAGGGGGCGCUUUAAGGGCUGCUCAUGCUUGGCUGUGCCAAAAGAAGGGAAGCUUUGUGCCCAUUGCGAGCAUGUACGCGGGGAAGAUGGAGAAGACUUCACUCAGCUGUAAACUCGCAGUGAAAGCAAGGGAUGAUGAUACACUUGGUGCUAAGUAUGGUUUGCUGAUGAAGAAGAGAGUUGAAAUAGAGAAUGGGCUUGUUGAAAAACUUGGGCGCUUGUGAGCUUUCUUUCUAGCUUUGCUUUUAUAGCUUGCCUUGCAGGAACCAUUUUCAUGAACAAUAAGUUACUGAUGAGGUAGACCAUUUGUUCACACUGAAUUUUCCAUGUUUAGUCCAAUAAAUUCAAGCAUUUUUUAUGUAUAGUUCUAAUGAAAAUCUAAAUUUUGUUUUCAACAAUUUGAUAUAUGACGACCUUUGAAAUUUACAAAAAUUACGUGUUGUACACACUGCUUUAUUUAGU